CUGCUGUUACGGAGAAUUCACACAGUAAUUUAAAUGAGGAAAAUGAGGGUGACGCUUCUGUGUCUCUUCGUCGCUGCGGCAUAUACCGCAUCUGCGGUGCCACUAAAUUCGGACUUCUCAGAGGACCGUGAAUACCCACGGUUCAUUGAAUUUCCCGAUGGCGAUGGUGUUAUGCACACCGUCGACCUAGAAGCUGAGCCAGACUAUGAACUUCUUGACGAAAUUUCUAGAAACCCAGCAAACAAUGUAUAUUUAUUAUACACCAGACGCAACCCUACUUCGUCGCAGACAUUAGUGAUGAACGACAUUGCUUCCAUCUACAACUCUUUCUUUAACCCUCAUGUACCAACAGUUGUGAUUGCGCACGGUUGGCUCAGCAACCAGGAAUCUGACCUCAACCCAACUAUUAGAGACGCAUUGCUUCAUAAAGAGGACGUUAACGUGAUCAUUUUGGACUGGAAAAAACUUGCAUCUUCCCUUUCCUAUAAUACUGCCGUAAAAGGAGUACCAGCUGUUGGUCGAGGUCUCGGUCAAUUUUUGAAUUUCGUGCACUAUGUAACAGGAGCACCUUUGAACUCUAUGCACUUGGUUGGCUUUAGCUUGGGCGCUCACCUCGUUGGUAACGCUGGUCGUGAACUUGGUGGAAGGGUUGCUCGUGUCACAGCUUUGGACCCCGCUGGUCCUCUAUGGAACUACAACUCCAAUCGUGUUAAUCCUGAAGACGCUAUCUACGUCGAGGCUAUCCACACUGAUGGUGGUUACACCAUCGGAGGGCUUGGUAUUGGCUCCGAUGUAGCCAAUGCUGACUUCUACGUUAAUGGUGGUAUCUCCCAACCUGGCUGCCUCACCAACAUUUGCAACCAUAACAAUGCCUGGAGAUACUUCGCUGCUACUGUUACCUAUAACCAUAUUGUCGGAAAAGGGUGUUCCAGUUCCUGGCAAAUUACUUGGGAUAACUGCAAAGGCGAAGAACUUCACAUGGGAAAUAAUGAUCUCAAGAAAUACGGUUCUGGAAGAUUCCGCGCAAACACAUCCAGGAGAUAUCCAUACUGAUCGAUUUACUUACUUUGAGAUAAUUGAAUAAAACAGACUGGUUACUUUCUUAAG